AUGCAAGGAAUGCAAGGUAGCACUGGACAAAGUGGUCCAACUGGACCGACUGGACAACCUGGAGAUCAAGGCCAGCAAGGUCCUCAAGGAGCUCCUGGACCCUCUGGACAGCCUGGAAAUAAUGGAGCUUCAGGUAGUCCUGGUCCUAGAGGUCAGAUAGGUGCUCCAGGCAUACAAGGCGUGAAGGGAGAUUUUGGUCCACAAGGGCCAAUUGGUCAGCAAGGUGACACUGGUAGUCCUGGUUUACCUGGCCAGGCUGGAAACCCAGGAUCGCAAGGUCAACAAGGAGCAACAGGACCGGCUGGACUUCAAGGACCACAGGGACCACAAGGCGGGACGGGUGCAUCUGGACAGCCGGGCCAACCGGGUCCACAAGGUCCUAAAGGUUUCCAAGGACUUCAAGGUUUGCCUGGUGAUACUGGUUUUCAGGGUCCUGCAGGGCCAAAAGGACAAACUGGACCAGCUGGUCAACCGGGACCGCAAGGACCAGUUGGUCAGAAAGGAUCGCCUGGUUCUGCUGGACAGCCUGGACCAAAUGGAGCUGUUGGAUUACCUGGAUCUACAGGUUGCAUUUGUUUUUUAACUGUAGACUAA